AGCAAUAAAGAAUAUGUACCUAUGUACUUCGUACGUACCUACCCUUUAUAAGACCGUCUGACUUAUGUAAUCAUACCUUUAGCGUCCCUAACGUCCUGAAGUUCCUGAACCGUUCAGCGCAACAGCAACAGCAACAGUAACAGGGCUGAACCGCGUUAACCAAUUACAAGUCCCCCGAUCAAUUAACCAGGCAAGCUUCCAUCUAGACCCGACGCUUUCCAACGCCAACUACCUACCUACCUACCUACCUACCUACCUAAUCCUUCACAAUUCCCCAGCUACCAAUCCCACUAAUUCGAAGUCGACAAUCGCCCUGCUUACAACAUGGCAAAGGGUUACAGCAUCUUCGUCGGCCUCGCCAUCGUGGUCGCCCUCUGCGUCGCAGCUUGGUUCUUCUCGCCGAAGGGCGAAAACCAGGCGACGUGGCGCUCCUCUCUCAUCCUCGCCUUCGCCAGCUGCUACCUGAUGUGGUUCAUCACCUUCAUGGCCCAACUGCACCCGCUUAUCGAGCCGAGACGGUCUAACAUCCGCGAGGGCUUCCAACACGAAUGAGCUGGGCUCUGCGUCUCUCCUCGUUACGAAGCGAUCCAAUGCGGAAAGACGGGUUGAAAGGGAUCAGGGACAAUCAAGUUUGUAAGAGUUACGGAAGUCGGGAA